CUUUCAUUUAGGCCAUAUAUGUAUUUUUAAAUAGUUUAAAGUCAUAGAGAUUUUUUUGGAAAAGCAUUUCGCACUGGAGCGGUGCGCGAUGCUUUCGCACGCCGACCUGCUGGAUGCUCGCCUCGGGAUGAAGGAUGCCGCGGCGGAGCUUCUAGGUCACAGGGAGGCAUUGAAGUGUAGGCUGGGCGGCGGUGGAGCUGACCCGGGCCACCCCGGAGAACUCGCCCCGGGCUCCGAUGCCGUAGAAGGGGCCACUCUUCUCCCCGGAGACGAUAUCAACAAUGCUGGAUCCAAUCAGCAGGGUGUUGCGGUGAACAGUAAGGACCAGGAAAAGCAACAGCAGCAGCAGCAACAGAACCCCACCCAGUCUGGCGGGCAACAGAGUCAGAAACAAAAACGCCACCGGACUCGGUUUACUCCGGCCCAGCUCAACGAGCUGGAGCGUAGCUUCGCCAAAACCCACUAUCCGGACAUCUUCAUGCGUGAGGAGCUCGCGCUCCGGAUCGGCCUGACGGAAUCACGCGUGCAGGUUUGGUUUCAGAAUAGACGCGCAAAAUGGAAGAAGCGCAAGAAGACCACCAAUGUGUUUCGCGCUCCGGGCACUUUGCUGCCCACUCACCACGGCCUACCGCAGUUCCCCUCCGCAGCGGCGGCCGCAGCAGCUAUGGGCGACAGCUUGUGCUCUUUUCACGCUAAUGACACCCGCUGGGCGGCGGCUGGGAUGCCAGGAGUCUCUCAGCUACAGUUACCGCCCGCCCUAGGCCGACAACAAGCCAUGGCACAGUCUCUAUCCCAGUGCAGCCUGGGCGCCGGACCUCCGCCCAACUCCAUGAGCCUGUCCAACAUGUCCUCCAAUGGUUCCGGGCUCCAGUCCCACCUCUACCAACCCACCUUCCCCGGUAUGGUGCCCGCGUCUCUCUCCGGUCCCACCAACGUGACCGGCUCGCCUCAGCUCUGUAGCUCCCCGGACACUGACGUCUGGAGAGGGACGAGCAUCGCGUCCCUGCGCCGCAAAGCGCUUGAGCAUACAGUGUCCAUGAGUUUCACCUAAUACUUUGAUGUGCUAGUCUUCUCCUGUUCCUCGUCCACUCAUCAUUUCUGACCCAGUGACGCACUAGGAAGUCUAAGGAUACAAGAAUGAACUGUGCGCACCUAAUGGAGAUAAAAUCCAAAGCAUCAUAUAGUCUGAAAAAUGGUCUCCUCUUCAGUCUAACAAACGUGAAUC